AUGGCCUUUGAAACCCUCAUCAACACCAUCACCCUGGUCUGCCUCGUGCUACUUGGCCUAUGGAUUGUCGCGCACAUCGUGCAAGCCGUGGGUCUGCUGUGCAUGCGUCGCGCGUACCGGCUCCACAGCAAAAAUGUGUUCACGAUCUCCUUCGUGCCGCUGCAAACGCGCCUGUUCCACGAACUGGCGGUGCCGCAGUUCCUCGCCUCGGAGGCGAUCCAGCGCGGCGAUGUGCCCCCUGCGCCGCGUGUGCUGCAGAGGUCUGGCGAUGUGGCUGAGUACGGGAACCCUGGCGUGGCACCGUCCGUCACGCCGCCCAUGUCUUCUUCCACCCCUUCAUCGCUCAUUAACUCCGUGCUCACUGGGUCACCGCUUAGCACCCUCUCCAGCACCGAAGACAGCAAGGUGCUGAAGUUGCGUAAGAAAGGUACCAAAGCUGCUGAGAGCAGGGAGGUUGUUCAGAGUCAAGCCGAGGUGAAUAAACCGGUGGCCGUCGCUGUCCCUCUCCCACCUGCCGCACUGGAGUCCGCCGACGCUGCAAGCCCUUCGUGGUGGACCCCGAAGUUGGAGGGACAAGACCUUGUCCUGGGUCUGCAAUUGCCGUGGCAGUUGCAGUCCUCUGCGCCGCACUCCCUUUCGGCGCGGCUGGAGAAGGAGCUGAACGGCGCGGCUUCUCUCACGUCGACGUCGAAACGUACUGGGCGCUCUCCCUCGCCCGCCGCGAAUCAACGAGGGAUCGAUGGAGGCAGGAGCAGCAGGAACAGCAGCAGACCUGGCGCAGGUUCCUCCACGCCUCUGGGUUCGUCGCGCCGGCAGCCGACUGUGAGUUUGCAACUUAAGCAGUACCGUCUCACCUCCGACGCGUUGCUGUCGAUGACCGCGCCGCUCUCCGGCAGCGUCUGCGCGCCAUCCUCAAACCUGCGAGACGCCGCGCGCCUUGAUCUGCAACGGAACGGCAGAGACUUCCACCACCACUACUAUCGCCAGCACCGGCGUGAGGACGACACCGCGGCGAAUGGCUCACCGGAACUGCGGGCGGCCAUUGAUGCGCAGCUGGCCACCGCACCGAUGCAAAUUCGGGUACAGACGAUGACCGCCGCUUCCGUCCCCCGUCCUGUGCGUUCCUCGUACGCGGUGAACGCUGGAGGCGGGUCCGCGAUGGAGGAGCGCGCUGGCCCGCUCGACUUCGACGCCAUCCGGUACGCCUACAUUCGCUAUCAUCAGCGCCUGCUCGAGGUGGCGGUGGCGGAGCAGACGGCGAUGGCGCACCGCGGGAAAUACGACCGCAAGUCGGCGAAGCGAGCGCAGCGCAUCGCGGCGGUGCUGAUGCAGUAUCUGCAGUACAUCCACGAUGACGACGGCGACGAGGACGCAACAGUGAUGGAGGACUCUUUUGAGGUCGAGGGCAGCGGACACGAAGACGGCAGCAACUCACCUGGCAGCUCGAACUCCACUUCUCGUCUUGACGGCGGACGUAGCAGUACGGUGAAUCGCGGCCGCGGUGUGCUGACAGGCACCGGCGUUUUCUCCAUGCGACGGCGCGGCAAUCAGUCCCCGUGGGUGCCGUUGCUCGAAGACGGCCGCGAUGACCUCGGUGGAGUUCGGCACCUGGAAUCCUCUCCCGCCGCUGCGAGCCCACCGCGCAAGCAGCCCUCGCAGUCGUUCUCGCAGCCUGCAGCCUCAAGGCGGCCCUCCUUGGCAGCUGCGCAGGUGAGUGCGAAAAAUAGUAAGGGUGGAAUUGUUUCGGCUGAUGCCAGGUCUCCUCCGCAGCCAUCACCGUCGUUAUCGCCCGCGAUCGUCGUCGCGCCGCCCCCGCCGCCGCCGACCGCGCAAGAGUCGCGGCGCAGCACCCGUAAGCGUCGCGAGGCCGCGCAGGAGAUCGCCGACAGCGCCGUGGAUGCGCUCGAAGCCCUUGUGGAACGCGUGCGACAGGCGCAAACGCUUCGGCCGCGGUACCAGGCGCUGCUGCUCACCGUCAACUUCCGGGCGGAGCGCUUCAUCGUGCGGCGCGGUGCCAGCGGGCUGCCGACCUGGACAGCGCUGUCGGUGCCACACGCCUCGAUGAAAGCAGGAGCAGGCGCGUCGUCCUCGCCAUUCCACGGUGUGGACGGUGGUGGUGAGGUGGCUGGGUCACGGCAGCUCAGCUCUUUUUCCUUCAACAAUCACUCCAAGACCUCCUUUGGACAGCCGCGCAGCCGUUCGUUGAACACUCGUGAGUCGGGCUCCGGCGUCUACGACUUGGCUCGGUCGGAUUCGGCAACUAGUGUCAGCAACUCGGGGGAGUUUGCGCCGGAGUCUUCUCGCACCAGCGCCGUGGACGGUCGAACCGAGAGAAGAGAGGGCAGCAGGGGCAAGACGUCGCCCUUCUCGUCAGAUCAAUCUACCCACGUCCCCAUUCAGGCAAAUUCGAACGCCGACGAGACGGAUGCGACGGCCGCGCUCGAAUACGAUGUUGGCACUACGCAGGACACGUCCAGGUCGUCGAAGAGGAGUGUCACGGACCCUUCUUCGCCAGUGAAGACGUCGCAAGACCUGCAAACGCUUUCACGGUCGUCAUCGCCGACCCCGUCGGCUGACGCAGCCAAGGUUCCUCCGCUGAGUGCUGGCUCGUUCGCCUCCAUCACGCCCCUCGGCAGCACCAGUGCCAACGACGCCGCGACAGAGUUUCUCCGCGCGAGCCGCCGACUCAAGCCAGACCCCGGCUCCCAGCAACUCGGUGUUGAGUACUCGCACAGCCAUUCAGCAAACGGGCCCACCAAGAGGAAUUCGUCGUUCCGCGAAGGCAUCAAGGAGGACAGCGUUGAAAUUCAGGGCUUGCCGAUAGAAAACGACCGGCAGCGGCGUGCGGCAGAGCCGGUAUCGCUGCCACAUUGUGAUUCCAAGGGUCAACCUGAGAGGUCCACUUUGUUGAGGCAAGACACGUGCAGUGGGUACAGCGACGGCGGCAUGCUGCAUGCCCCGUCGUUGCCACCCGCAGAUGCGUCACUCAAUAACAACAAGCCGCAGCACCAGCAGUCGCCGUCAAUGUCAAUGGAUGCCACCGGCACAGCUUCGUCUGCCCUGCCGGGACCUCGUGAGACGGACCUUCGUGUGGCGUACAUCAUCGGCGCCGAUCGCGCCACGUUGCUGCGCAGCCUUACGCUGGAUGCCACACAGACUUUCGCGGCUGGCACGCAAAACUUCCUGUGCUUCUUCACCCACGAAGACGAGCAACGCGCCCGACGGCGCCACCUCGAGCAGAUGGACCGGCAGUGCCGCUUGGAGCUACAGCGGCGCCUGAGUGAGCGCACACAUGCGCUAGCCGACGGGCAAGACGGCGGGCCAUCACCGUCGGAGGAACGUCACGGCAGCAGUGACGCUCACGCAAACGCUUCGCGGUCCUCUUUCGUGCAAGCACCCCCAGCAGUCGUGUCUGUAUUGCCCUCUCGUUCCGCAAGUGGUCUGGGCUCAGGUUCUCUGCGAUACACGCGAGCAGCUGGCUGGCACACCGUUGGGUUAGGCGGCAGCGGUGCGGCCUACUCGGACUCCGCUGCCUUCGGAGAGGAGAACGAUAGCGUCUCGCGGAGAGAUAGAUACGCGCCGUCACUUAGCCAGCACAGCCUUCACAGUUUAGCUAGUGAUAGCGCGACCUUCACCACGCCACCGCCACGGCCCGCGUCGACAAGCGGUGCUGGUGAGGCGGCGGUGGUAGUUCACGCAAAUCCACAGCAAAGCAAGAAGCUUGACGGUUCUGUUCUCAACGCAUCUGACACGAUUGCACCGCACAGUUUGGAGGUGAGCCUGCACUCGCCCGACGACGGAGCAGGCGUGUCCGGCCAACAGCGAGGAGAUGCGACGGAGAAGGCAGUGGCGCACGUCUUUCAAACCGCUGCCUCGCUCACUUCCUCCGCGCUCUCCGCCAACGCUUCGACGCUGUCCACACCGUUGCAGGCGGGUGGCACAGUCGUCGGGGUCGGCGUGUCGCUGCCGGAAAACGGCGGCGAUGCAGUAACGGCAGGCGUGCAAAGCGCACCGAACAACCGCAGUUGCCACGAGGAAACGGGAAAACACCCUGCAACGACGGAGGCAGAGGAGCUGCUGUCGCUCAUCAGCACCGACGACGCCUUUGCGCACUCGUUACACUCCGUUGGCAGCGUGGCGGAGCAGCUGACGGACCUCAACGCGGUGAGCACACCGUUGCAUUCCCCGUUGAGGGUGGAGAUAUCUGCAGCUCCCGCGUCCGCAGAGAGCGCCACCGCAUCAAAAGCGCCAGUUGCGGAAGCAGACAAGUCUGACAACGCCGUGUUGCCACCUCCGCCAUCGCAGGAGAACGCCGGAGCCGCAAAGCAAGCAAAAGAACUCAACGGCUCUGCAAACAGUCGCGUCGCCAAUAAAGCCGAGGGUUGGAACAAGAAGGAUGUGAAAAAGCCGAAUGCAUUACCAUCAGAGAACGCAAAGGUGAAAGGGAAGGGUAAGAAGGCAGAGAAAGCCGCUGUCACCUCUGCUGUUGCUGCUGCUGGAUCGGCUACACCAAAAGAGAUCCCAAUUCCAGCGUCAGCAACUUCAACGCUACUCACUCUACCCAUUCUUGAUUUACCAGACACUAUUGGCGAUCACGACGUGCGAGGCUACUACGCUGCGAUCGGCAUCACCCUUCCAGAGCAGGUUUUUUUGCUACGUGACGCGCCGACGGAUUUGGAGCUUUAUUCAUCUACGAGCGCAGGCGUCCCUCACGGCGGCGGCGGGGGCGGCCGUCGUCAGCGUUCCGCCACCCCAACGCGUCGUGCUUCGAAAAGUCUCGCCCGCACCCGCUCCGCGUCUUCCUUCGCCCCGCUGCAGAGCGCUGCGGUGCCACAGGCAACGGUGAAAGGCACGUCGCUGCCGCAGCGUUGCGGUGUGGCACGUGUGCUGGAAGGCCAGGUGGAGGUGGCGGAGCUGUCUCUCGACGUGCUGAACCGCCAGCUAGGUCCGUUUAUUCCACAGAAGGAGCCCGUUGUCGACACGCGAAGCAACAGCAGCGUCGACGAUGGCAGCGGUAGUGAUGACGAUGAUGAUGAUAACAGUCGCGAUGAGGCGUCCUCUUCCUCCUAUUCGAGCUCUUCCAGUGAGGCUCUUGACAACGACAAGUACCGCCACCGCCGAAGCAAGAAGCGGCAACAACGUCAGGAGAAAAAGAUGACAAGGGCAGAAGUGGCGUUCACACGUGAAGAGCGCGAUGCGAGACAAUCGCCGAGAAACACACGAAGGGACGGCAAGGGGCGCACCGACGAUCGAUCCACUCAGCGUCCACGUGCCGCAAGGCGCACGCAGUCUCGACGCGAUGCCAAGAACAGCGCGGCCACAUCGCCAAACCGUGCUAAACGGCGUCGCCGUCGCCAGCGAAAGCAGCAGCGCCGCAUCGCCGUGUGGAGACGCCGCCUCCUGCGCAAGCAAGCUGCGUCAAAUCGGGCGGGUUACUCGCCUGUUUCAGUCGCGGCGCUCUUCUUCACGGCUCCGCCGCCGCUGCCGAGGGCACUGCUGCAGCGAUUCGAAGCCCAGCGUACGGUCUACGAGCACGCUGCCCUCCCGCUUCCAUCGUGGGCGUUAGGCAGUCUGGUCUCCGAUGAGAAUCUCAGCACCACCACCGCACCUCGACAUAUGGCUGACCAUUCGGCUGGAGAACCGCAGCAGCCGCAACAACAGCAGCGCGCAUCGAUUUGUGUGACGCUCAUCUACACCUCGACCGCGGAGCAGGUCACGCAAACUUUGCUUGUUGCACGCGAGAUAGCUGCUUCUGCCGCGUUUACAAGGAAAGCGGCGCUGUCAUCUUCGUUAGAGAACUCGCUCAUCUUUAACGGCAACCACAGCAGCAGCAGCAACCGUGUAGGGCCUCGACGUGGCAGCUGGGUAGAUGGGUUGCGAGAUUGGCAGCAAAAUGAGAAUCGGCUCGGUAGCUCAGCAAAUCGGUUUGGCGGAAACUACGACGAAAACCGGUCGCUUCCCAAGGGUGCGUCCUCGAUGAACACGAGUCCGCCAAGCCCAAUCGACAGCAUCCACACACGAGGUCGCACGCGGGGCCCGGACUCUUUUGCGAGCUCUUUGACGGCCCUACCACCCCCACCCGCGGUCUCCGGCAGUGCGACGGCAGAGAAACGCAGCCAGCGCGAAAAGUCAGGCCGGGGUGAUGAACAGAUGAGCGAAAACCGUCCGGAAGGCAGUCGCGUCGAGGAUCGGGCGGCUGUGGCGAUAAGUACUGCAACGGACGUCGAGAGCCAGCCGCUGCCGCCGCUGCUCUUGCUUGCGGAGUCGGCAGAUAGCUUCAUGAGGUAUGCCGACGACGCCGCACCACCACCGCACGCGCGCAGCAAAACAGCAGAGGGUGUUGCACACCAAGCGACUUCCGUCUUUAUGGACGCUGGCAACGGCAGCAGUAACUUCGAUGCGCGCCGCUUCGGCAGAGAGGAAACCAUGUGCUUUGAAGACGACAUGGUCGCUGCCGGAAACGCAAGUAACAGCAGUAGAGCAUAUCGAACAUCGGCGCUGGGUGGCGCGAAGCCCGGAGAUGACGCGGUGUACUCCACCGAGUUCGACAACAGCCUCAAAGGGGCGAGAAGGCUGACCACCGCUGCGGAUGGCGUGGUGGACGUGCUACGCGAUUCAGCCAGCUUUCCUGACGGCGUGCCCAUCAGUCUCUCUUUAGCGUACGUGCGCAUUGGUGAUGACCUCUACGCCGUGACAGAGGUGAUCGACCGCACCUUCUUGCAGUACCGCGAGGAGCGGGUCAUCCAUCCAAGUGCAAAGCACACUGCAGUGGAAGGCGACGUGGCAUCCUACUCCGACAGCGGCGAAGACGUCGAAUCGCGUAACGGAGCCUCUUCUCUCUUCAACACGUCCUUCUCUUCGGACACACCCUUCUCAACGCUGGAUGCGGCAUUGGAGGCCAUUCAGAAUCAGCACGAGGCCACCGCACGCCAGCAGCGUCGCCGAAUGCAUCACCGCCGUCGCGCUGUGUCCACGAUGAACUUUGGUGACCUUUCUUACUCGCUCGCGGGGCCUGCGCCAGUGCGGCCAGGCACGCGGCGGCAGGAGGUGCACAUGUGUUGGCGCUGCCUCAGUGCGGAAGCGGCGGUGAUCUUCUUGCCCUGUGGGCAUUACGCGGUGUGCGAGGACUGCGCGGAGGUGUUGGCGGACUGCUGCGUGUGCAAGACACCGAUCUUGUCCAGUGUCGUGCUGCUGGAGCGCAAGAAGGCGCAGCGGACGGCGUCCACUCCAAAGCAACACCAACCGCCACCACAGCAGUCGGAGCAGCGAUAA